AUGACGCGAAGGCAAGCUGCGGCUGCCGCCGGUAAUGUUGACGACCGGAAGGGUUUCGCCGGCAGCAGCGAGGGCAGCAGCAGUUGUGCGGCUGUCGCAAGCCUGGGAGCUUCUGACGGUUACGAUUUCGCUGCUGCUGACCCCGCGCGGCGAGAUGGUGGCGAGAGUAACCAUGAACCUCCCAGUUCGUGGCUGGACAGGAAGCUUUUAGAGAGAAACGACCGGGAUGAUUCCGAAGUGGACAAUUUAGUGGGUUCUGACGGAGUUGGUCGUAAGAGGAAGAAAAGCUGGCGCGUGUGUUGGAUCUGGGCGGUGAUGAGCGUGGGCUUGCUGGCGAUGAUCUUCACGAUCGUGUGGACGCAAGCGUCGAGCGAGCAGCAGGCGGAGCGCGAGGGGCAGUGCGGCGAGUUGGCGGCGUUCAUCGAGUCGCACUUCAACUCCACGCAGGCCAACACGCGCGCGCUCGCCGAGUUCGUCCACGCCUACUACAUCGACGGGCGCGAGAGCUUCUUCCGCCCGUCCAAGUUCCUCAAGUUCAGCUCCUCCGCACUGCACGCCCGCCCCGUGGCAGCAUUUGUGGGUUAUGCUCUCCGAGUCAACAGCUCAGCCCUGCGCAGCCACGUGGAGCAGCGACUGCAGGGCUGCCUCAUCGCAGUGAGCGCGGAGUUCUCCUGCCGCCCGCCUGGCCUGCCGCUGUACGUGCCGCUGCUGCUGGGCACCAGCAGCAACGAGGGGAGCAGCGUGCGCCGCCUUCCCCGCAACCGCACCGCUGCCGGCGCUGACCUGCUCUCCGACCCCACGCUAGCAGCCAUGAUCCGGGCGGCAGACACGGGGCGCAGCGGCGCCAUGUCCGCCCCCAUGGCAUCCCCAGCAUCGCCCUUCCACAUGGUGGCGCAGGCCUUCCCCGUCUUUGAGCCCGACUCGCUCGACGCACUCACCAAACCGCACGGCUUUUUCAUCGCAGCUUACUCCUUCCACACACUCCGCCUCGCCCCCAACUUCGACCAGCUUAAAGCCCUCCCUCUUCGCACAUACCUCAUAGACGUGACCAAUGAGAGCAGCCCAGCUGUGCUGUUUGGGCCGGAAGGGACGGAGGGGAUGACGGGGAAGCAGGCAGGAGUGUGGGCGGCGGUGGCGCAUAAGAGACGAGUGGUGCAGUACCAAGGGCGCGUUCAGUACCCCAUGUGGUUCGGCGACCCGUCACGGAACUUUGUGCUUGUUUGCGAGCCGGAAGCCAACGCGAAGCCGAGCCCGCCGUUCGUGUGGAUGGUAGUUUCAUUCAUCAUCCUGGCGAUCUCAGUGCUCGUGCUCUGGAUGUCCGUGCACCUCAUGGCCAAGCUUGAAACCGACACGCUGCGAGUGGAAUCAGCACAAGCGCAGCUCGCGACGGCCAAGGUGGCGGCAGAGGCGGCGAGUCGAGCUAAGAGCGACUUCCUCACCACCAUGAGCCAUGAGAUUCGUACUCCCAUGAAUGGCGUGAUAGGCAUGCUGAACCUGCUGAUGGAGACCCCUCUGGACGGCACGCAGCAGGACUACGCGGAGACGGCGUGCAGCAGCGGGCGGGCGCUGUGUGCGCUGAUCAACGACAUUCUCGACCUCUCCAAGAUCGAGGCCGAGAAGCUCCGCCUCGAGCGCAUCCCCUUGAAUCUGAGAGCCGAGCUCGACGACGUGCUUGCACUGUUUGUGGAGAGCGCGGAGGAGAAGCGAUCGGUGGAGCUGGCAGCCUUCGUGGCUGAUGAUGUGCCGGAGACUCUCGUCGGGGAUCCGCUGCGCAUACGGCAGAUCCUGAUGAACCUGAUAGGCAACGCGCUCAAGUUCACGAGCACGGGGCACAUCUUCCUCGUCAUCCGCCUCGCUCUGCCCGACGAUACCGUCCACUCCCUCGCCUCCUCUGCCUCUUCCUCCCUCCAUCACCGCCAGCACCAGCACCACUCGCAGCACCACCAGCAACACCACUCGCACCACCAGCAGCACCACCACCACUCGCACUCGCACCAUGGUUACCAUCGCCGCCGCAACAGCGAUCCCGACCGCCACUGGAGGAGCAUGCUCGAAGAGCUGUCUGUGUCCUUCCAUCACCACUCCCACCACCACCACUCCCAUCACCACCACUCCCAUCAUCACCACUCCCAUCACCAUUGCCGGCACGCUUCAAGAGAGGAAGGCAGAAGCGGAAAGGCAGCACCAAGAGCACCCGAAGAAGCAGUACCACCACCAGCAGCAGCAGCAGCACUGACGCUGAGCGGGCGGCCGGCAGUGCACACGUGGUGCUCAUGGGAGGCUAUGGGCGGCACUGUAGACCUCAGCACCGUUGGCACCGGCACGAUCAGCACCAGCAUUGGCACCUGGACCGGCACCGGCACCGGCACGGCCAAUCACAGCUGUCAGCAGCAUGGCAUGGCGAAUCACACCUGCUCCAGCAACGCUCAAACGCACCCAGCGUGUGCAGGGCAGGCGGUGCAGGGUGUUGCAGAGAGUUCUCAGGCGCACCCAGCGUGCGGAGGGCAGGCGGUGCGGCUGCUGGUGGCGGUGGAGGAUACAGGAGAGGGCAUCCCCAUGGCGGCUCAGAGGGGCAUGUUUCGCCCGUACUCCCAGGCGCACGCCAGCACCACCCGCCUGCAUGGGGGGACGGGCAUCGGCCUCUCCAUCUGUAAGGCGCACGCCAGCACCACUCGCCUGCAUGGGGGGACGGGCAUCGGCCUCUCCAUCUGCAAGCCAUCCCUCUGCUGUUCCCUGGCAGCCAUCCCUCUGCUGUUCCCUGGCAGCCAUCCCUCUGCUGUUCCCUGGCAGCCAUCUCUCUGCUGUUCCCUGGCAGCCAUCUCUCUGCUGUUCCCUGGCAGCCAUCCCUCUGCUGUUCCCUGGCAGUCAUCCCUCUGCUGUUCCCUGGCAGCCAUCCCUCUGCUGUUCCCUGGCAGCCAUCCCUCUGCUGUUCCCUGGCAGCCAUCCCUCUGCUGUUCCCAUCGCAUCCCGCACGCAACGCCUGCACAGGCCAACACGCAUCCCUCUCCCUCUGCUACGCCCAUUACGCUAGCCCUGAAGGAACGAGCUUAUGUCCACCUCUCUGUGUUGUCCGACCCUGUUCUUCCCUCUUUCCCCUCCCCCUUACAGCCGCCCUGCCCUCCUCUUCCUCCUCCUCCUCCUCUCGCGCCCUCUAUGCCUCUGCUGCCUCGCACCAUCUCGCCUGCUGCUUCUGGGCCUUCCUUCACACCAGCUGCAGCUGCUGCUGCUUGCUCUGCUGCUGCUGCUGGUGCUGGUGGAACAGUGGCUGGGAGUGAGAUGGGCGUGUGCGUGGUGAGUGGUGGGGGUGGUGGGAGGGCAGCAGAGGGAUGGGAAGGCGUGCUUGUGGUGAGUGUGGACGACCGGGCGCACCAGCAGGAGCACCAGCAGCAGCCGCAGCAGCAGCAGGAGGAGGAGGAGGAGGAGGAGGAGGAGGAGGAGGAGGAGGAGGAGGAGGAGGAGGAGGAGGAGGAGGAGGAGGAGGAGGAGGAGGAGGAGGAGGAGGAGGAGGAGGAGGAGGAGGAGGAGGAGGAGGAGGAGGAGGAGGCGGAGACGUCAGCAGACUCUAUGUCCAUCUCUCUCAUCCCCCUCCUCCCCACGUCCACGAAGACCAGGAGCCAGCCUCUUGAGGCGCCUCAAAAGAAGACCAGGAGUCAGUCGCUCAUCCCCCUCCUCCCUGACUCCAAGAAGACCAGGAGUCAGCCUCUCCUCCGCUUUGCACCGCACCACUGGCGCCAUCGCUCCUCCACCGCUGCUCUCGACCCCCCAACUGCUCACCACCGCACAGCCACUCACCCUCCCAGUCUGAUUCCUUCUCUUUUAGCCGCCCAACCUCCUGCUUCCUCCUCUCUACCCCCUGCUCCCACUGCCACAUCUGCUCUGGCCCCUUCUCCUUCUGUCCCUCCUGCCCCUACUGCCCCUACUGCUUCUGCUGCUGCAAUGCCUUCUGCUGCUGGCCCUUCACCUACUGCAGCCAGCAGCAGCAGCAUGCCGCCCAGGCUGGCGUCUCUCCCACACUCCAUCUCUGCUUCUGCCGCCUCUGCACCGCCCAGCGCCGCCACCACAGCCCUGCGUGCUGCUGCGCGUGCAAGCGGGGCCUGUGUGAGCCCAUCAAUCGCAGCCCCUGGAAGCAGCUCUUUCGGCGCCUCCCCCGCAAAAAAGGCAUACGUGCCUCGCUCUCUCUCAGCCUCUCCUUGCUCCUCGACUGAUGUAGGCCCAGCUGCUGAUGCUGCUCUGACUGCUGUGCUCCGAGGGGCCUCUGGUUUGGAAGACUCUCCUACUGCUGGCCUUGUUCGGAAUCCCAUCUGCCGAUUCUUUGCAGACCAGCAGCAGCAGCAGCAGCAGCAGCAGAAGCAGUCCCACCACCAUCAACAACAGCAACAACAACACUGUCCCCACUCAUCUUUACUCCCCUCCUACCCCUCACCCCCCCCUCUCCAGCCAUCCUCCUCUCCCGACCUUUCUUCCAACCCCGCGCGCCGUUCCAAGCAUCUACCACCCUCCUCCUCCUUAGCACGCACCUCCUCACUCUCAACAAAGAAAGAGCGUCUACACGCAUCCACCUCCUCCUUUUCCCCCUCCUUGUCCCGCACGCCGACCCUCUCCCACAACGACCUCCCAAGCCUCAGAAAGGCGUUUCAGAAGCAAGCAGAGAGGGCCUAUGCAGAGGGUGCGUGUAGCCCCACCCUCUCCCUCGACCCUCCCUUCAACCCUUCUCUCUCCCUAGAUCCUCUUGAGUCGACUCAAAAGGCACUGUCCCUCGACCCCCCCUCUGGCCCUUUGAUCUGUACCUUUGAUCGACUUCCACAACCUCGUCUGGUCACCCAGUCCCUUCCGUCCUACCCUCCUAGGGUCCCGUCCCUCUCAUCGCCCCACGCCCCGUCUGUCUCCCUCACUCCUGCUUCCAGCCCGCACAUUUCUAGCCCCACUGGCACGGGUUCAGCGGCUUCGAAGCAUGCGAGAGCAUCGUCAGUUAGCGCGGUGGGGCCACCGCGCCUCUCACCCCUUGGUGAAUGUGUCCCUGGCAGGAUGGGAUGCAGCCUGCAUGGGGCCAGCAACUUUGGAUGUGCGGCAAGGGAUGGGGUGGUGGUGGAGGGGUGGCAGUCAACUCAGUCAACACAGUCGAUGCGGUCAAUACUUUCAAUGCAGUCAAGGCAGUCAACACGGUCGAGUUUGAUGCGCACCGCGAGUGGCAAGGUGGUGAGUGUGAGCAUGGAAGGGCCGAGGAUCGAGUCGAAAGCGUCGCUGCUGCUGCAGUGCUUGGCUGAGGCUCAGGUGCAGCAACAACAGCAGCAGCAGAGAGGGGAGGAGGAGGAAGAGGAGGAGGAGCCGCAGCGGGGGAUGCAGGCGGAGCAGCAAAAGCAGGAGCAGCAGCAAGAAGAGCAGCAGCAGCAACAGCAGAAACACGAGCAGCAAGAGCAGCAGCCGCAGCGUGUGGUGCCGAGGAGUCGGGUGGUGGCGGUGGUGGUGGAGGAGGAGAUGAUGAAUCGCUGUCGCCUGCAUGUGGACCAGCUGCUUGCCCUCGUGUCCCCCCACCUCUCUCCCCUGGAGCAGCAGCAGCGGCAGCAGCAGAUGGUGCAGGAGGAAGAGGAGGCCAAGAAGAAGGAGGAGGAGGAGCAGCAGCAGCAGCGGACAGGGCAGAGGCAGGGGAGGAAUCGUGAGCGUCCGGCACUGGUGCUGCUACAUGGGUGGGUGUCCCUUGCUCCAGACCUCGUUCAACCGUCUGUUGCUCCGGAAACCAGUACAAAAGGCAACCCUGGAAGCACCGCCGACAACACCAAUAUCAAUGGUUCCGAUAACAGGAACAGCAACCACAACCACAGCACCCCUGCUUGCAGCCGAACCGCCAGCAGCAGCAGCGAGGCGCAUGUGGUGUCCAGAUUCGGUGCACCUGCCACUCCAGGAGCGUCGGCCUCACCGGUUACCACCGUGCCGUACCUCCUCUCUCUCGGGUUCGAUGCUGUGGUUCGGAAGCCGCUUCGGAGGAACACGCUUGCCGCUGCCCUGCUGCCCCUCUUCUUACCGCAAUCCCAAAAGUCUGCGUUGUCACACUCGCCUCAUGUGGCCAGCAAGCUGCUGGAGAGGCACGGCGCACGAGUCACCGCCGUGGAUGGCGGCACCAAGGCGCUUCAAGCCCUUGCUCCGCCCCACCCCUAUCAGCUUGUCUUCAUGGACCUGCAGAUGCCGGAAAUGGAUGGGCUGGAGGCGACCCGGAGGAUCCGAGCGAGGGAGAGGGCUCAGGGCGGGGGGCAUGUGGCCAUCAUUGCGCUCACAGCGGAUGUGAUUGCCGGCACGCGCCAGCACUGCUUUGCCGUCGGCAUGGAUGACUACCUCUCCAAACCCCUUGAUGACGCCUCCCUCUCCAAGGCUGUCUGGCGAUGCUUGUCUGGGCCGAAGGGAAAUGAAAUCGUGCAAGGUGAUUAUUUAUGA